AUGAUAAUUCUACUUUGUUUGUUAAUUCCGGCCUACGCUUUAUCUGUGGAAAAUAAUGUUAGCGGGAGGCAGGAAGUAGAUCCUAUUACAACUGAGAGUGGACCUGUUCGUGGUGUGGCACUCGGCCAAACGGAUAUCCUACAAUACUUUGACAUCCCUUAUGGACAAUUCGACACCAAUGAUCCAUUUCAGGAGCCUGUCAAGCCAGAACCUUGGGAAACGAUUCUGUCUAAGAACAAACAUUCUUCUAAAUGUCCUCAAAUACAACAAAACGACGAGUAUGUAGGCAACAAUGAUUGUCUUACACUCAGUGUAUUUGCUAAAACCGGAGUAAAAAAUGCAGACGUACUUUUUCACAUACACGACGGCGAUUUUGGGUCAGGAAGUGGAGAUCCAGAAGUGUACAACCCCCAACAACUGGUCUCCGAAGGAAUUAUUGUCGUGCUACCCAACUACAGACUAGGAGCUUUGGGUUUUAUGUGCUGGCAAAACGAAACAGUUCCAGGCAACGCUGGAAUCAAAGAUCUAGCAUUCGCGUUGCAAUGGGUCAAAAACAACAUCAAGGGUUUUGGUGGAAACGCUUCGAAUAUUGUUGUAAGCGGUGUUGACACUGCUGGCAUAUUAGUUGAUUUUCUGGUACUAGUAAAUCAAACCUCAAAAUACAUUUCCAAAGGUAUAACUGAAAGUGGUUUCGCUUUAUCUCAAAAGGCUCUCGAUAGAGAUCCAUUAAGAACAGCAGAUGGAAAAGUUAACGCAAAUGGCGGCGUACAGUCUAUUAUAACAUCUGGGCGAGGAAUCCAUUUCAAACCUUGCAUAGACAAUAGUUUUAUAACAAAAUCCUUUUGGGGUUUGCUGCAGACACAAAAGAUUGACAUACCGCUAAUGAUAGGCUCUACUAACCAAGCUGGGAUGGAUUAUGUGACUGACUUAAACGAUGAUAACAUACAAGAGUUUCGAAAUAAUCUAUCACUUAUCUUACCAACCGACCUUAGGUUUGAGGGAAAUCAAGAAAGAGAAGUUAUUGAAAAAGUUAAAAGACAAUACUUCGGUGAUAGUGAUAUAUCAAUUAAUUUAUUGGAAAGACUAUCUCUUUGCUUCACAGAUUCGACUUAUUUAAAUCCAGGUAUUCGCGAAGCGAGGCUAUUAACUAAAGCAGGUGGAACGGUUUAUUUUUACGAAUUCUCCUACACGGGAGACAGGCAGAACCCUAUUCCGGGAGCACCAAAGGGAGAUUCUCUGCGUUAUAUCUUUACUCAAAGUACCACGCAACAAGAACACAAAGUAGAGACACAAAAAGGGAAUGUCAAUGAAAACGAAUCAGCAGCAAAUACAAUUCGAACGCUUUGGACGAACUUCAUUAGAAAUGGAAUUCCCUCAGCUUCAAACGUUGAUUGGAAAGCCUUUGAUGCAACCGAAGGGAAUGAAAAAUCUUUAAUGAUAGGGGCAGAAAUCACAUUAACCAACAGACUUCACGUCGAGAGGAUGAAACUUUGGGAUGAAAUAUACGAACGACACUUUGUUGAAACCAAUCUUGGCUCCACAUUAAAAUCUUCGAUACUCGUUAUCCUGAUUAGUUUUGUCACAUCAAACAUAGCAUUAACAACUUUAUAA